UCGUUUCAUCUUUCUUCUUACCUCGCGCUCGCGCUCUGAACGAACUACUCCGGAGCACUCCGGGGUCUGAGCACGAGGCCUGACCACCAGGCCUGACGAGGCCUGCCUGAUCAGAGACCACGAAUCGAGACCACUCCACUCUGGUUUUUCUAACUGACUGCGCAAAGUUUAAAAAUAGUUAAAUACCCACUGAUGAACCAUCGCCAAGCCAUAAAUUGUCUUGGAUUUUUGUUUCUCGUGUCCUUUGUUUCAAGUGACUGACACGCAAACCUUACCGAUUAUGGCUUCGAAAGUUACUCUUUCCCAGGCUCUGGGAACGGAUGGGAGCGAUUAUAGUCAUCGACAGAGAAUCGCGACGCACUAUCAAGUCAGUGCGACAAACAAAUCAAGACUCAAGUAUUGUAUAUUUUUUCAUUACCUGUUAUUUUUCGUCAUGCUCGCCAAAUUGUCUGCAGACAUAUUAGAUCAUCUGGAUAUAUUUAUCUUGGAAAUCGAAGAAUUACAAAUACCACAGCCAUUAUGGUGGGAAUAUAUAUGGUGCACUAGUUUGUUAGUAUCUUUUCUUGCCCUGUCCGCGAUUAAAAGGAACAGGAUUAAAACACUGCAAAAGUAUAUGAUAGGUAUCAUUUUGCUAGGUUACGGUCCAUUGGUUUAUGCCAUUGUGUAUUACUUUAAGGAUGUCUGGACGUAUUUAACUGUAGGCAAAUCUGAGGAAAUUCAUUUGUGGCAGAAUCUACCAUAUGGCGUGCUUUGGUACGCUUUUAUUCUUUUAGCCUCACAGGUUCAUUGUUUUUCCUUGUACUUUUCGUGGAAUUUGCUAGUCGCAUGGAGAACGCGAGGUGCCAAAAGAAUGGACUAAACUCGAGAGGCAACUGUAAUCAACUAUAAAAUGUUUAUAUAAACUAUUGACAUGUAUUUUGAAAUAUGACUCACAUUUAUUAUGUGUUUGCGAUAAAAAAGGAAAGAUAUACAAUUGUUAUAUCAGAGACAAAUAUCACUUGAAGUCUGUAAAAACUAUAAUAUGAAAUGUAUAUAAACAAAAGUAUCAUUGUACAUGUAUAUAUGAAAAUACACAUACGCACAAAUUAGAUUUA